CUGUUUGAAGACGCCGUGAAGCGUUCACUUUAUUUGAAGCAGGCAGCGGAGUUUGGAUGGAAUAAAGUGAAGGAAAAUGAACGAUCGGUGGUACCAUGAAGACAUCUCCCGACCAAUGGCAGAGACCCUGCUCGCCAAGGCGGCACAGGACGGCAGCUUUCUGGUCCGGCACAGCGAGUCAUUCGAAGGAGCGUUAGCCCUGUGCUUGCUUUUUGAAAACCGCAUCUACACUUACAGGAUCUUUAUAAAUGAGGACAAUAUGUUAUCUGUUCAGGCUUCAGCAGGGAUCAAGCCAAAAAAUUUUGUAAAGAUGCCGGACUUGAUUGAGUAUUACAAACAGGAGAACACUGGCCUAGUGACUAACCUACGGUAUCCAGUGGCAAGAGUGGAAGAGGUGGAGGAGGAGGAAGUGGCAAUAGGUGCUGCCAAUGUUGUUGACUCCACUGCAAGGAUCCGGAGUGAUGCUGGCAGGUCCCUGGUCACUGAGAUCCUCACACGACGCCUUGAAGAAGUGGACACUGCUGUUUUGGCACAGGCUCCGAGAGGAUUUCAUAAGGCCCUUUGCGACUACAUUGAGCAGGAUGUGCUAAAGGAUGCCGAACACAUAAACUCCUCGUCUGUGGACAUGUGGCAGCUGCGGUUCUUGCUCAGUUUACUUACCAAAGGCCUCAGCAGUGAGCUGAUCCAGACAAUGUCAGCAUUGGAGACAUCCCAGAGUCUGCUCAGCAAUCAGCCACCUCCUGGAGAAAGCUUGCAGGGUCAGAUUGCUUCUGAAGUGGGUGUCAGAAGGUUGCUUUCAAUAGCUGAAGAACUGAGCAGAGUGCUUUCAUCCAUAGAGAACCAGGUGAAAGAUUAUGAGCCUACGUCUCCAGAUGCAGAUGUUCAAGACCGACAUUUGGAAAUUGCGCCUGUUUUUGAGGUGAAAUUGGACAGUUUUGGAAUUUUCUUAAAAAUCCAUUUGAAGGUGGACAUAGAGAGCGGGAAAUUAAUUGUCAAGAAAUCAAAGGAUGGGCCAGAAGACAAGUUUUACAGUCACAACAGAAUUUUACAGUUAAUCAAAUCGCAGAAGCUCCAGAAUAAGUUGGUGAUCAUAAUUGACUCCGAGGUGAAGAAAACACAACGGAAGGAGUAUGUCUUCACUGACUCUAAGAAGCGGGAAGCGUUCUGCCAACUUAUGCAGCUGAUGAAGAAUAAACAUUCGGAUUUUCCAGAGCCAGAUAUGAUCAACAUCUUCAUUGGAACCUGGAACAUGGGUAAUGCUUCAGCUCCUGCAGACAUACAGUCGUGGUUCCUGUGCAGAGGCCAAGGAAAGACCCGGGAUGAUACAGCUGCUGACAUCCCACAUGAUAUUUACAUUAUUGGCACUCAGGAAGAUACACAGGGAGAGAGGGAGUGGGUUGAGCUGAUCAAAUCGACACUAAAGGACAUCACCUACAUUAAGUUUAAACACAUUGCAACACAGACCCUGUGGAAUAUCCGGAUAGUUAUCCUGGCAAAACCAGAACACGCAAAUCGGAUCAGUCACAUAUCCACGAGCAGCGUCAAAACUGGGAUUGCCAAUGCUCUCGGUAAUAAAGGUGCGGUGGGAGUAUCCUUCAUGUUUAAUGGUACAUCCUUUGGAUUUGUCAACAGUCACCUGACCUCAGGAAGUGAGAAGAAGCUAAGACGAAACCAGAAUUACAUCAAUAUCUUGCGCUUUCUGAACCUUGGAGAUAAGAAGUUAGGUCCAUUUGAUAUCACUAAUCGAUUCACACAUCUCUUCUGGCUUGGAGAUUUGAACUACAGAGUGGAGCUUCCGACACAGGAGGCAGAGAAUAUUGUGGAGAAAAUCAAGCAGCAACAGUAUCAGGAACUACUGGCCAAGGACCAGCUGAUAAUGGAGAAGAAUGACAAUAAGAUUUUCCUUCAAUUCCAGGAAGAAGAGAUCACCUUCCCUCCAUCCUAUCGCUAUGAUCGUGAUAGCAGAGACAUGUACAACUACAUCAAACAGAAAGCCACUGGACUAAAGUACAACCUGCCAUCUUGGUGUGAUCGAGUGCUGUGGAAAAGCUACCCCAACGUUCAUGUCAUGUGUCAGUCUUAUGGCUGUACCACUGAUGUUGUCACCAGCGACCAUUCACCGGUGUUUGCAACCUUCGAGGUGGGGGUGUCAACGCAGUUUGUGUCUAAAACUGACCCCAACAAUGCUGCUUCUCCAGGCACAAUCAAUUUCAUCAAGUGUGAAGCCAAGUUGAAGACCAAAUCCAAGACAAAGUUUUUCAUUGAAUUCCACUCCAGCUGCUUAGAAAACGUUGUGAAGAGUGCUGAAGGUGAGAACCAGGAGUCCAGAGAUGAGAACCUGACUGUUGUAUGGAGCAGUCCCCCUGAGUUGAUACCCAUUAUCUCCGACCCAGAGUAUUUACUGGACCAACACAUCCUCAUCUGCGUCAAGUCUACUGACAGCUACGAAUCCUAUGGUGAGGGUUGCAUUGCUCUGCAAGCCAACUCUAAAGAGAUAAUGUUCAACGUACCACUGGAGCACCGCGGGGAGGAGACAGGCAAUUUCAGCGGAUCAUAUAAGCUGACCAUUUCAGAUCGUAAACAACGGGAGAGGACUUACGAUUUUAUACAAUUAGAAAAAGAUGAAAUGAUUUCCAAUAAGCAAAGCAAAACAAGCACUCACCAAGAGAUUCCGAAAACCUGGGAACGGCCAGCAAGGGUAGCCCCGAAACUCUCCUCACAUCUGUUAGCAGAAGAAGCAGCUGCCAAGGCCCGAGACCGAGUGCCAUUACCAGGCCUACCAGAGACUACUCCUAAGGAUGAUAGCAAGCCCUCAAGCAGCAAUUCAGAAAGCUCUUGGAGUAAAACCCCGACAAUGACCUACACGAAUGUAGAAAUCCCACAGUCUCCAUUGCAAGACCAGGAAUCGGUGGGGAUGGUCAGUAAUCCUUUGUAUGAAACAGUUGACCAGACACAAAACUCCAUCUUAAAGAAAGAACAAGUGAUCCCACGGGGCUUGAGGAAAGGUACCCCACCAAGAGUAGAGAAGACUCCCACUCCUUCCACUUCCUCGGCCAAUCAACUGGCACAGGCCUUGGUAAGCAAGGAGUCAAACUGGCAAGUGCUUCCCCCAGUGCCGCAGAGCAGGAGCCGAUCGUAUACCUGUUCGGAGGUGAGAAGGCUAGGCCAGGGGGUGCCACAAGCCAAAAAAGUAGAGACCAAAGCUGAUCUUUCACAUUCUGGGGCCACCUCCCAGAGCACAGGGCCCUCCUCACUCGCCAGGCCCCCAUUGCCGGUGAAGAGUCAGAAAGUAUUGGAGCUACAGCAUGCUGUAAAAGAUUACAGAGAAACCUCGGAGCUGCCAGCUCAUGCCAAGCACCGUGGCAACGUGGACGUAGGGCAACAGACCAGUGUGUCGUGACCAAGAUCCCUCUUGUGGAAAAGAUGGCAGUGUGGGAUCCUUGUCAGGAAUUUUCGGAAGAGUGAAGGGUUUCCUGUUUAUCUUUUGCUUUCUCUCUCUUGGCGAAUGUAAAUUGUGGUUGUUCUAAAGACAGUCAUCAGAGCUGGGUGCCAGGGAUCAUGUGGUUACUCUCUGCCUUCUCUCAGUGAGCUAGAUAUUGGAGUGCAACCGACCUCAGAACAGAUGCCAAGAAGUUAGAAGUGAGGAGGCCUGAGCAUAGCUUCAACAUUACAAGAUUUCCAAUGGGCUAGUUAUGCUCCCUUAAAUGUGUAUGUUCCUCAUUGACACCAGAGAGCCACUGUGCGGAGCUUCACAUACUUCAAUAUGAACUGAUUCGAGCCCAUUGUAGCUCACAAGCUCAGUCUGUUCUGCUGAAGUAACAGUUGGAUGGCAAUAGACUUCAUGAGAGCCCUACACUGUACUCACAUUCACAAUGGUUCAGCUCGGGCAAGAACACCAUGAUCCCUUCAAUGGGUGAAUAACCUGUUGAUACUCAAUGACUGGACACAUGCAUCAUGAAUAGAAGAAAGAAAUAACUUGCAUUUCUAUGGCACCUUUCAUGACCUCAGGAUGCCCCAAUGCCAAUGAAGUGCUUCUGAAGUGUAGUCACUGUUGUAAUGUCAGGAUGUAGCAGCCACUUCAGGCUCAACAAGCUCCCACAAACAGUAAUGUGAUACUGACCUGAUAACAAUCUGUUUUCGUGACAUUGGUUGAGGAUUAAAUGUUGGGAUGCCAGCAAGAACUGACCUGCUCUUCUUCCAAUAGUGCUAAGAGAUCUUUUACAUCCACCUGAGAGGGCAGUCAAGGCCUCCGUUUUAAUGUCUCAUCUGAACGAUAGCACCUCCGGCAGUACACUGGAAUGCCAGCUUUGAUUUUAUGCUUGAAGUCAUGACCUUCCGUCUCAGUGGCAAGAGUUCUAUCACUGAACCAUGGCAAGAAUGAUCUUUUCGGUUGAGGUAUUAGGAAAAGACCAUUGCAAGAACAGCUGUGUCCAGUGGAAUCAGAAGGAGGAGAGUAGGGGUGGGGAGGGUGUUUGGAUCAACAUGUACUCUAAAUCUUUUAUGCCUUCAGAUUUUAUCAUUGGCUUAUAAAUUAUGCUGAAUAA